AUGCCCUUGAUCUUCCCUUCUGGUUUAUAUUCCAUUGUUUUAUUAGCAUUUGUAGCUAUGUUUCUGACUGUCACUCAUUCGAUCACUCUAGAAUCUGAUUGUGAAGUUCUUCGUUCGCUUAAAAGUUCCAUUGAUCCUAACACCAUUCCAAGAUCUUCAUUCCUUGACACUUGGAACCUCACAGCAGAUCCCUGUGAAAGUACAACGCAGUUUCUGGGAAUUUAUUGUACAUACCCUGAAGACAAUUCGAGCCAAAAAGUAAUAGCAAUUGAUCUCGACAGCUAUGGAUAUGAUGGGUUUAUAACGCAAUCUAUAGGAAAUCUCACAGAGCUCACCACCCUCAGUCUAGGCAAAAACAACUUUCGGGGACCCAUACCAGAUUCUAUUUCUAGUCUCAGAAAGCUCACCACACUUUCUAAUCUUGAUACAUUGGAACUUGACAACAAUCAGCUGUUAGGAAAUUUUCCAAAUUUCCCAGCAAACUUGAGGACUUUGUCUCUGAGCCAGAAUUCAUUAUCUGGGCAUAUCACACCACUAGGGAAGCUUAAAAAUCUCAAACUAAUGGACCUGAGUUAUAAUAGAUUUACUGGUACCGUCAGUCAGCAGAUUCUAACAAUGCCUCAAUUGCUUCACAUUAAUGUUUCAAUGAACCUCUUCUCUGGAAUAGAGGUGAUCAAUUUUAUAGGAAUAGAAACACACCUUCAAGAUAUUGAUGCCCAGGGGAAUAUACUGCACGGUCGUUUGCCAGCCAACUUAGUCACCAUUAGCAACUUGACCUAUAUCAACCUGGCUCGGAACAACUUCACAGGGCAGAUUCCAAGGGAAUAUGGGCUGAAAGUGGGCAACUCUUGGAAAAGCUUGUUCUUAGAUCAUAACUUUUUAACUGGAUAUCUUCCACCUGAGUUCAGAAACGCCAGAAUGAGGAUGAAAGGAAGUCUGGCAAACAACUGUUUAAGGCGUCCUACAAAUGUAACAUUGUGUAAUGGUGGGCAAAGGCCAACUUCAGAGUGCGUUGAGAAUGAUAGACUGAGUGAAGACUUCUUCACGUCCGGAGGCAAUUAG